AUGGAUACCCCAGUUUGGCGCCGUUGGCUGAAAAUUUAUAUCUAUGGUGGUUCUAUUAUACUAGGGGGAGUGUUGCUGUUCAAGUACACAACACCUACUGAUGAAAAACUAAUAGCCUCGUUAUCCCCAGAACUGAGGUUGCAAUACGAGAAAGAGAGGAAGUUAAGACAAGAGGAACAGAGAGAGUUGAUGAGAAUAGUUCAGGAAACUGCAAAGAGUAACGAACCUAUCUGGAAGACAGGACCAAUAGAUUCUCCAUGGGAGAAGAAGAAGGGCGGAGAAGUUGUAAAGAAUGAGAACUUCUUUGACAAGAUACAGAAGACUCGUGCAGAAGAGGCACAGAAGGAUGAAUUGCAACGGAUUAGAGAGGAACUUGACUCAUUAAGAGCACAAAGUAUGAAGAAGACCAGCGAUAUAGUCAAUGAAAGGAAAAGCAAAGACUGGUGGAAGAUUUGGUGA